AUGAUGUCAACGUUGUGUCAUCAAUCCAAAGAAGAACAAAACAAAGAUUCAAUUUUGAUUUUCCUUCAUUGCCUGUGCAGUUCUUUUUCCGCAGCGAGUUGCAUUCUCAUCAUUCUCACAGAAUCAAAGAAAAAUAGAUUUUUCACAUUUCGAGAGCUCCAAAGGUCAAAACCAUGACUAGCACACAAACGGGAAGUGGCCUCCAGCUGGCGCCCUUGCGAUCGGUUAACGAUUUUUUGCUCGAAUCCGCUCGUUUCCAGUUGCCAAAUUUCCAAGACUUUGAGAAGUGGGGCAACCGGGUGGUGAAGAACCUGCUCUACUACCAGACCAACUAUCUGCUAAUGAGCGCUGCCGUUUUUCUUCUGGUUGGGCUGAUCCAUCCCUACAAGGUGGUCCUGGGAAUGAUGGUCAUUAUGGCCCUGUUGUAUGUGUUUGUAAAGUUUUUCGCUGCCGAAGCUCGUCGUUCGAUUGAAGCGGUCAGUGGCCAACAGCAGCCCAACAAGUGGGCCGUGCUGGGAGGAGUGCUCGGAUGCUGCUAUCUGGUGCUGUUCAUGUUUGAUGCGGUCCUUAUCGUAAUGUUUGCCGUGCUGUUGCCGUUCUCGCUGACUUUCGUACACGCUUCUUUGCGAUUGCGAAACAUGAAGAACAAGAUAACCAAUGCGAUUGAAAGCGUCGGUGUGAAGCAGAGCCCGAUGGGACAGUUCCUGGAAGCAAUGGGACUGAUGCCGGAUGCGUUCUAAUGCCCUCGUAAUCUACUAGUGGCCAUCAUUAGGCGGUUGCGAUGCACCGACAGCCAUCCAAAAUUCAUCAGCGAAUAACGAAACCAAACUACUUAUAGACAGUUAUUACUAAAUUGUUUUUGAGAGACGUUGAACCUAUGAUAUUUUCAGCGUGAGAUUUUUAAGUUAUAAAGGAUCUGAAUUAAUGCUGAGAAGUUGAAGGCAUGAAUUGUUUGUAAAUAAAUAUUUAUCAAUAACUUUUAUCCUCAAAGUACAGAAAUGCACGGCAGCAAUCCAGACACUAGUCGUAACCUUCUCUAUGUAGGGAAUAAUAUUUGAAAUAACGUUUGUCUUUUUCGAAUGUAAAACACUUAUUGAACAACAAUAAAGUAUAUUUUGAUCAAUUUAAAAAA